AUGGAGCCCUUAGAGGGAAGUUUUGGUAGGUUGCUCGCCACUGAUCUCAGAAAUCCAAGACUAGAUAACACAAGCUUCCAGCACAUGCCAAAUUUUGCACCCAACACUUUCAACCAGACUCAGUUCCCCACCCCACCACCACCAUUCAACCACUCCCAUUAUCCCCAACAUAGUCAACCUACUCAUCACAUGCACAACUUGAAUCCCUUUGGUGGUGUAGGAAACCUCCAACAGUAUGCCCAGUUUUCACCAAGUUAUCAAGGUUUUCAACCACUACCGAACUUUGGCUUCCCAGGUGGAAUGUUUGUAGGUGCUGCUGGUGGUGCAUCAUCACUUGGCUCAGAUUCAGCAACCCCGCAAUCACAAAUAAGAGAGCUGGAGCAAGAUGAAGAAAAGGAAGAUUCAAGCGCCAGCAGCCUGGAUGAAGGAAGGAGGGCUAUGAGAAUUAAUUACACUGAGGACGAGAACCUACGCCUUGUAAGUCUUUGGAUUAAGCAUUCAGUAGAUCCAAUUCGUGGCACAGAUCAGAGCAGAGAGGCCUACUGGAACAAGAUAGCAGAAGCGUUCAAUUCGGGCCUGGCUGAGGGUGCAAGAAGAAGUGGGGAAUCUGAUGACAUGCUGAUGGAUAAAGCACGUGCUGCAUUCAAAAGAGAAAACAAGAAAAAGCCAUUUACACUUGAAUAUAUUUGGAAGAUUACGAGGAAGGUACCCAAAUGGUAUAGAAGUAUACCUGGUAUGGAUUGUUCAGAGAAGAACAAAAGGACAAAAGUAGAUGAAUCUAGAGCGUACACUUCAUCUUCCAACCAAGACACAGAUGAGGGGGAGACAUUCAAAGAAGUGCGCCCAGAGGGGUAG